CGUGUCCGGCGGGGCGAAACCUCAGCUUCCCCUCGUCCUACCGGACCCCGGGCAGCGCCGAGUCUCGCCCCUACGUCUCAAACGUAGCGGAGGGCUUAGCCCAGCGAGUCUCUGCGGGGGAAUAAUGCGCUUUUGCUGGACGUUUUGGGAAACGCCAACUCUGUCCGUCGUUUGAUUCCGGUUGUUGUGCUCAUUUAUUUUUCUUAAUUUGAAGAAAAAAAAAAAAAAGGAUACAGCAUGGCUGUGUUUGAGAACUGCUCCGUGCUUCUGGAGCUGAAAAACUUGCCUUUCAAGGAGAAGAAGAGGGUGAAGUCGGCGGUAACAGAGAAUGGAGGCGACAUUUCCUUCGUGGUCAACAAACAGUGCUCUCUGAUAGUGACCAGUGACGCGUCCAACCUGAGCUCCAACAGGCUACGUAGCAUCCAGAGGUGCCGCACUCCCGUGGUCGGGGUGGAGUACGUGUACAGCUGCCUGGACAGAGGACUCCUUCUGCCCGUGGACGAAUACAAGCUGGACCCUUCCUCUCCGUCCGCCUUUUCACCUCCUCCUCUUCCUCCCUCCUCGCCGAGGCCAGGUCCAGUCUCACAUCACUGUGUUAUCUUUACAGGCGAGUCUGAAGGGGCGGCGAGCGCGGCAGCGGCUGAGCUGCCCAGAGGCCCAGCCAAGCCCGUGGACGCUGUCGGUCUGACCCAGAAGGCAGAGGCGCCGGUCGGGAGCGGACGCGUCCUGGAAAAGUUCAGAGUUUAUACUGAAACUGAUUCUGAUCUUCCUUCGUAUCCGGAGAAUUUCCAAGUGGCCAAGUAUUCAGUCUUUGAAAAGAUAAACAGCAACACUUGGUGUGUGCUGGAGCUGCAGAGUGUCAAAGGAGAGAGUGGACGGCGAUACCGCGUGGUCAAGUACUGGAAGAAUGAUAUGGGAGCCACGAAGGGGGCAGUGAAGGAUACGCUGGUGUUUCUGUCCACCUCAGAGGAAGCUCUAGAGGUGUACCAAGCGCUGAGAGAGACCCUGCGCGCUGCUGGUCUGCAGCCGAGGAGCAACAUCCCCCCACAGGCCUGGGACCUGGGCUCCACCGCCCUGCAGCAGCUGCUGCUGGAGGAGAGACUGAACGCAGGGAGCCUAUCUCAGGAGGUGGGCGUUUUUGUGGAGCUGCUGUGGACGGAGGCCCUGGGCUACCUAGGCAACGUCCUCGGAGUUUCAAUCGACAAGCUCAGCCUCAAUGAUGUGAGCAGGGCGGAGGGCUUGUUGCUUCAGGCUCAGAGGAAGCUAAGGGAGGCAAAUCAUACUGAGGUUGCAUCUCUCCUGGCAGAGGUUCUCACCCUGCUUCCGCACAGGGUGCCCCACUUACCUCCCAACGCCAAGCUCAUCUCUCAGAAGCUGGACCUCUGCCAGUUAAUUAGAGAUGUUCUGAACGUGAGUGAGACUACUCUGAGAAGCCCCGCCCCUUCCUGCCUGGGGAAGUACCGCGCCCUGAGGUGCAGCAUUGAGACCGUUCCCCGCACCAGCUCUGAGUUUCGGGCCGCGACUGCUCUGCUGCGGAAAAGAGAGGUGCAGAUCCAGCAGGUCCUGCGUGUCAGCAGAGGGGUGGAGCUUCAGACGUUUAGGAGUGAGCUCGGGAACAUUAGGCCACUUCUCCAUUCCUCCAGCCCCAGCAACUUUGUGGGGAUCCUGUCUCGUGGUCUGCUGUUGCCCCGUGUUGGAGUGGAGCAUCAUGGGAUAGAGAGAACAGACAUCGGUAAUCUGGGCGGUGGAAUCUACUUCAGUGACGCAGUUAGCGCCAGUUUAAAAUACUCCAAGCCCAGUGUGACAGACGGCUCUCGGCUGCUGUUGGUGUGUGAUGUGGCGUUGGGAAGCUGUAGGGACGUCCACAGGCGAGACCUCGCGCUGACCGAGGCCCCUGAGGGACAUCACAGCGUGCACGGGGUCCGCCGCACCCCUAACACUCCCUCUGAGUUUGAGGAUGAUGAGUAUGUGGUGUACAGUCCCGAUCAAGUGAAACUGAAGUACGUGGUUCAGUUCAGCAUCGAGGGAGACCAACUGAAGGAGUUCAGUCCUGCCGUCAACGCCUCCGCUGAGCCGUGUCUGCCUUCUGCUGAUCAAGAGCUCGGUUUGGAGGAUGAUGGGGUUGAGAGCAUUAAAGACCCACUGGAGGACGUGACGGCGGGACUGUUGGACAGCUCUGGUCAGCAGCUCCCUCUGCAGGCUGUCCAUGUGAAGUGCAGACUGAUGGAUCUGCUCUCGCAGGUCAUCAUUUUCCAGAAAUACACCAACGUGAGCUCCGUGCCCAUUGAGGCAAAGUAUGUCUUCCCAUUGGAUGAUUCUGCAGCAGUGUGUGGAUUUGAAGCUUUCAUCGAUGGAAAACGUGUGGUGGGAAAGGUGAAGGAGAAAGAGAAGGCUCGCAAGGAGUACAAGCAGGCCAUCGAGAGAGGUCAUGGAGCAUAUCUCAUGGACCAGGAUGCCCCCGACGUGUUCACCAUCAGCGUGGGCAAUCUGCCGCCCGGUGCGACCGUCCUCAUUAAAGUUACCUUUGUGUCCGAGUUGAUGGUCAGGGAUGGGGGUAUUCUCUUCUCCCUGCCUGGGAGCGUGGCCCCGUGGCAGGAGAGCGCGGCACUCAACCAGACCACACAGGUGACUGUGGCGAAGGUGUGUGUGACUGAUGAGGCAGCAAGUAGGAGAGAGUUCACCCUGGACAUGUCAAUCGAGAUGCCCUAUGAAAUCACCAGCCUGCGGUGCAUCACUCACAAGGUCAAGAUUAAGAGAACAGACUGUAAGGCAGUAGUGAGUGUGCUCCCAGGAGAGGUCAUGGGUGCAGAUGGUUUCGAGCUGUCGGUCACUCUGUCUGAGGUCCACCUUCCCAGGAUGUGGGUGGAGAAACACCCAGACAAGGACAGCCAGGCCUGCAUGUUGGUUUUCUAUCCAGACUUUGACCUCGACUCCGGCUCAGCAUCCGAUGAAGUGGUCCUGUUGCUGGACACGUCUGAGUCCAUGAGAGGAGAGUCUCUCCACAUGGCCCAGAGAAUCGCCCUUCAGGUCCUCAAAGCCCUCGGCCAAAACCUCAGAGUCAAUGUCAUUUUAUUUGGCACGGAUCACACAGAAGCGUUCCUGACGGCACAGCCGCUCGUUGAAGCUCGUCAGACAGCAGAGAGCUUCAUCAAGCACUUCUCCCCAGUAGGCGGCAGCACUGAGCUGUGGCGGCCGCUGCGUGCUCUCAGCCUGCUGCCUCCAUCCCGUGGCAUCAGGAACCUGCUGCUGCUGUCGGACGGCCACAUCCAGAACGCGGAGCUAACUUUGCAGCUGCUCAGAGACAAUGCUCAGCACAGCCGCCUCUUCACCUGUGGCCUAAGCCCCACAGCCAAUCGGCACAUGCUGAGAGCACUGGCCCAGGCAGGGGGUGGAGCCUACGAAUUCUUCGACACAAAAAUCAAACACACCUGGGGAAAAAAGGUGGCAUGUCAAGUGAAGCGUAUAGCAUCUCCUGGCUGCAGUUCGGUGUCAGUGAAGUGGCGGCAGUUCAACCCCACAGCGCCACCUCCUGUGCAAGCCCCCAAACAGCUCCAUGCUCUUUUCAAUGACUGUCACACCCUGGUUUACGGCUUUGUGCCACACUGCACUCAGGCAACCCUCCUUGGAAACCUGAGUGGUAAGGAGUUAAAAACCAUGGUGUCAACCAGUGAGCUGCAGAAGAGCAGGGGCACAUUUCUUCACAAGCUCACAGCAAGGGCCCUCAUCAGGGAUUACGAAGACGGAAGCCUGGAUACCAAUGAGGCUGAACAUGAGGGGAAGAAAGCGGAGUUGAAGUCCUUCAUCAUCGAGUUAAGCAAAGAGUUCUCCAUUCUGUCUCAGUUCACCAGCUUUGUGGCCAUUGAGGAAAGGGACGCAGAACAACCGGAGAAGGGUUUCACAGACAUCCCCAAGCUGAUCGCAGAAGAGGAUGUGGACUUCCUCCCCUACAUCAGCUGGAUUUUUCCUCAGGAUAGUGAAGAGGAAAAGGAAAACGCAGAUGAGGAAGGAGGGUGUUUUGAAGAGGAAGAAAAGAAUUUUGUUGAUUUGUCUGAAAGUUAUUUUAUGGAGGAAGACUACAAUGAUAUAGAGGGAAACCUAUGUUGUAUUUUACAGGGCUCAAUCUCUCCAGAUUAUUCGCCAAUGAGAGCCUCUAGGGCAUCUGUUGCAUCGCCUCUGAAAUUUCACACAGACAGUCAAGCAGUCAUUGGUGCCCCACAGGCAAAAAAAGAGGGAUGGUUCAUGAGGUCCGCAAAAGAGAAGCAUGACGAGAUGGAAUAUCUUUCAGCAGUAGAGAUACAUGACCUGGCUGACACAGUCCAAGGGAAAGUUUCCCAUACUCCUUCUCCCCCUCCCCGGCCUCAUCCCAUGUGCUUUUCUAAACUUGUGCAGACCCAAUUUUCAGACUCUCCAAUCUCUCCACCUACACCUCCGCCUCCCCCUGCUUUCAUUCAUUCUCAGUCCCCCAAGUUUGAUCCACCUCAUCCUCUUUUGCCUCGUUGCCCAGCUUCUUAUCUGGAACCUAUGAGUCACCCUGUCGUUCAUGGCAGGCCAUCUCUACUCACUCAGACAGUGGAGACAGACAAGGGUUUCGGAAAGACUGAACAGGUUUCGAAAAGUCUACAAGCUUCCAGGGGACCAAUGUCAGCAUCUCGUAAUCUGUUCUCUUUACCUAUAAUUUCCACACAGUUACAACGUGCAGCUCUUGCUGAUCGAUCAGCCGUGAGUCUUUCAAAGGGGCUUGAUUUGGAUAUGUGUCUUGGCUCAGAAGAUAUUUCCUUUGACCCUAUGGGAUGCAUGUCAUACCCGGCUGGACCUGCAUCUGCUCCAGAAUGUUCUGCAAAAUCAGUAUGGUCUCUCACAAAUGAAGCAUCUCCAAACUCCGUGACACCAGCUCAUACAACAGACUUUAAAAGCUUCUCUUUACGGAGGAGCAAACGCAGUUUUGAAGUUGAACAAGCUUUAGGUUUUGGUUUCUCUGGCUCUGAAGUUAGACAGGAACUUUUUGGGACAUCAGGGCCCCCUCUGCCUCAAGUUCAACCCCAAGAAGAGAUAUUCUCAUUUGGAGUUUGUAGGGGUAGAGGGGACGUUCAACCAAGACGCUUUUCUUUCAGGGAAGAAUUGGACCAGUCUGAACCUGCACCUGUUGAAAGUGUGCCUCAGCCUGUUUUAAGGAAGAGACUUCAGUUACGUUCAGGUCUCCGUCGAACUACAUCAGAAACUGCUCAAGGCUUUACGCAAAAAGUUGGGGAGCACCUUUUUCUCCAGUCCCUACCAGUUCAUCAUUCAUUUGAGAGAAAGUCAAGAGAUCCUGAAGUACUGGAGCUCAAAUGGACAAAGAUCUUCCAGAUGCAGCAUUCAGAGGGCUACUGGGAGUUAACCACAGAACUGGGUGAAUUAAUAAGUGUCAAUGUCGACGUCUUUGCCAACGUGUUCCUGAAAAACAAGGGCAUUCGUUCUCUAGGUGUGAGGGCGCAUGCAGACAUCCUGAGGAUGGUGGCGACUCUUCUGGUUCUGCAGCUGAUGAGGGUGGAGAAGCUGGAGGAAGGCAAACUGCUCCGCACCCUCUUCUGUCUGGACAACUCCUCUCAGCCCAGGCCCGGGCGGUGGGAGGAAGUGAAGAGGGCAGUGGAGUGGGUUUGCUGGGCUGACCAUCAGUACCCGUGUGUCUACAGCCGGCUGGAGUUUGGCUCGAGCUGGGACUCCUCCACCCGUCAGCUGCUGGGCCACGAAGGCCUCCCCCCCUUCUCGCCUCUCAGUGGUCUGAACCUGCAGAGAACCGCAGCCCCUCUACCGAUCCACUGACAAGGCCAACGUGAAUGGGAGAGCCUGAAUAGAAGACAGUGUGAGAGAAAUUCAAACCUGGUUGCCAUUUUGAGGGAUGAGAUGUCUUUUAGAUUUAUGUUUUACGUAGAGCACUUUGAACUGUCCCUGUUAGCGUUUUUACAUGCACUUAAGUAAGCAGAUACGGUCUGUCUUUCUGCAGUAAACGAAUUUCUUAAAUCCUCCUCAUGAAUAUGAGAAACACCAUUUCCUUAAUCUGGAUAGGGUAUUCAAGAUUUGCCCGGCUAAAUUUCUUUUUUUGGACAUUCACACUCACCGAACAAAUUGUUUUGUGAAGUGCAGAGCACAAUAUUUCAGUUAUUUUUUUUAAUGUUUACUAAGACAUGACAAAUUCGUAUGCAUGUGCUAUUGCAUGUGACAUUCCCAGACAGAAAAGCAGGAAGCCGUGUCUUGAAUCGUCACAGGGGUUCAAAUGAAUUGAGUGAUAUUUCCAAAGUACGGCCGGAGUAGUGGAGAAAUCUGAUGACUGACCUGCCUCACGUUUGAUUACCCGUGUAACCUGGGUCCUUUGACUGAAUUUACAUGUAGAGUGUAUUUUAAAGGUGCGGUACGGUGCCUUACAUUUACAGUACAGCUUUCUCUCUCUCGCUUUAUCGCGGGAUAUAAGUUCAAAAAGAAAGGAAACGCAAACCAAGAAAUGGCAACGCUUUACAGCAAGUGUUUGUGUACUGAUGCCUGUUAAAUGAGAUCUAACUAGCACACACAAGGGAUGGAAUCACAUCAUUUUCUAUCUUGUGGGGGGGCUCAUUCUAGAAAAUGGCUGCACACAACCUGUUUUCUAACAUCGGAAAUAAAAGCAACAUAAAAAUACCGUUUGUGACUAGAGGAACUCGAACCAACAGCUGUUCUGAGAUAAGCAGGCUGCUUUGCCACUCCUCGUUUUUUUUUUUUUUUUUUUUUUCUCUCCUAAUUUUCACCUUCCUGCAAAUCAUGUAUGUUACAAUGCGCAGCUUAUCAGAGGGUGGGGGGCUUUUUAUGAUCUAUAACCGUACUUUGGUGAUCAGUGGUUUAAACAGGAGAUGUGCAGUAUGUUACGAAAGCAAUGACAAAAAGUUAAUUCCACGUAACAGACUCGCAGUGUUCAUCAAGUGUCACUUGUGUUCUUCUUUUAUUAUGGUGGUGGUUGAUAUUGUUUCUGCGUAUGUGUGUGAUCAUGAACAGAAUAAAAGUCUGUUAAAAGGUU